AUGGCUGUGAUAUCGAAUAAGGAAACUGACGACAGUAGGUUGACGCUUACCAAGUCAGUAAUUGCCCGGAGGAGUGCACGAGACAAUGUCGAGCCUGAUUUGAAGGUCCAGUGCAGUGGCGACUUGUGUUGUGUGCAUAACCACAACCCUUACUAUAAGCGUGGAGAUCCCUAUCAUCUGCUGCUUCAUAAGUCAGCCGUUCGCAAAAACCGGAUCGCUCCUCCUGAGUUCGAGAUGCAAACAGUGUUCUUGAGUGCUUCCAUGGGAUCUGAAUGCGAGUUCUGUCAAGAGACUAUGGUGAUAUCGCCCUUCUUACCGCGAGUUUCCGUUCAAGAGAAGAGCAGCGCGCGCGAAGCACAAGGUUCUCCGUCGUUUGGGUCGUUCAAUUUCGGGUCUGUUGCUGGUAAUGUGAACGUCAUGACCAAGAAACUCAGCGCUACGGAAAAGUUACAUCGCAAGCAAGGUCAAGAAGCGGCUGCUGCAGCGAAGCGGGGACUGAUUUCAAGCAUAGACACCCGUAAGAGUAGUAGUAAGGGCAAGACUGGAACCAUUCUCGACCCAGCUAGCGACGACUCCACGGAAAAGGGAGACCAUGGCGACAACCCACCCCGGCCCAAGCCUAAGCUCGAUAAAAAGGGCCAGGAGCCAGUCGCCUCUGGACAACAAGUUGUGGAAGCAUCGGUAGGAGUAUCGGCCCAAGUGCCAUCGAAGCAAGGCAAGAGAGCAGCACCUGAACCCGCUGCCAACGCCAGUAAGAAACGCAAGGUCGAGUCUGCGUCUUCCACUGGCGUCAAGAUGCAGGCGGGAAUUGUUGUGGCAAUGUAUGGAGCGAUCGGCCAGUUGAUGUAUUGCUGCCCGCACCUGAUGCAAGACUUCGAGGAAGAAGAAGGAGAGGUCAAGACCCCGCCCUUCGUCUUGGAGCUCAAAGCGCGGCAGGUCUACCCCCUGUGGGAGCAGUCCGCACCGGCCGAUUCGCCCUACACGAAGGAAGAGCACAAUGAGCUGCGGGACAAGCUGAUUGGGAAGGGGCGAAAUAUCAUCCAAUGGACGCAUGUGACAGCUCGUGGGUUUGAUUGGGGUCAAGCUCCCGCCUUUGCACACUUCUUGAAACAGGUGGUGGACGGAAAAUGGGAUUUGACGCACGUGGAAAGGUUCACCAAACUUGUGAAGCGCUCUUACAUAGGCGACCCAACCGAAUGCUUCAUGUCGGAUUCUUUCCAGAUGCAAGAUGCGGUAUACGCGCGGACUCCUCCCGGGGCCCGCUACUACGAGGCGGUCGAGCAAAAUAUCCUGACUCAGCUCUACGAAUCGUCGAUCAACCCAAACUGGCGUUCGACUAACGCUCAGCUUGUUUUCAGCAUGCUCCUCGAGCCCCAGUUGGGCGCACUGAAGAUCCGGCACAGCCGGACUUUGAAGAUGGCCCGCACGCUCUGGUCUCAGCUUCAGGAAUGGUUCCCUGAGAUGCCACAAGGAGAUGUUCUGGUAGGAGCAAGCGUUCCAUUGGAGUCACGGGGAAAAGCUGUUAAGACGGCGUCAGCAUUUCUGUGGGCGUUGGAGUUGAUUCCACUGGAGCUCAAGGACCGCAAGGUUCUGAGAGAGGUGAACGUAACGUCCAAACUCGAGUUGGGGAUUCACCUGUCCCGACUACUCCGCGAAUUCGUGCCCGAACCAAACGACAACACCGUUGCACAGGAGGGAUGGGGUCUGAAGAUGGAAAUCGCGGGGCGGACACUGGGGUACCUGAGCGUUGUGGCUGAGGGCAAGGACAAGGAUUUGGCAGAGUCGUUCGACGAAAUGCCCAGAUUGGCCUAUCUCCGAGGCAGAGCCGGAGCCGCGGCUUAUGGGAUCGGCCUCAAAGCCAUCAAGAGGAACCCGCGCAUCUAUGUCCCUGUCCGCAGUAUGGAAACACUCCAUCCGAUUAAUAAGGGUCUCGAGGUUGAGCUGCCGACCCCCAAGCAGCUGACGAUCACCAUGCCCUCCCACUCCGUCGACAUCCAGACCGGUGAUCAGAUUCUUGUACCAGCGGGAGCGGCGGGCGCAGAGUUGGGGGCAGUGGUUGAGGGGCAGCAGUCCUACUUCAAUUCGCGCAAGGCGGCAUCAGUUGCGGAGGCAACCGUGACUGGGGAUAUCGAGACUCGUGGCUUGAAGGCUUUCUGGAACCGUUGUGACGUGGAGUUUUCCAAAGUCAAGUCGAUCGCCCAAAUCGUCAUGCGGAUUCUGGAGAGCGGGGCCGAGUCUAUGGUAGGUGAUCGGACGUUUGCUCACAAAGUUGUGCGCAUGUCUCAGCUCGGCUUUGCCCUUGCCGACCAUCAGCAAGCCGUCGAACAUAGGGGCAUUCCUGCCGACUGUUCAUCGAUCGCCCAGAUAUCAGAGCCGGACUCCACCACGAGUCAGGGAGCAGACACGCGUGUGCCCGAGCACGGGGCUGGCUUGCAAGCUAUCCCCGGUCAUUUGCCAGGGGGAAGCCAAGCACAGCGAGAUAAUGCAGGAAGCUACCCGCAUGAAUGGCCGCCGCACAAAGCACUGCGUGAAAUAGACCCUCCUCAGCUCGUUCACCCUCGGAUCAAUGUCAACUCGGGUCAUGUCUCUGAGCGGCAGGGCGAGUACGAGGAUGGCAGCGACUCCGAUGCAAUCUGCACCACCCGAACUUCCGAACGGAUGGACCUGACGGAUAUUGAGGGGAACAAGAACUUGGAAGACAUCGAAAUGUUAGAAGUUACCGACGCCCUGUCUGUCGAUGAAUCGGGCUCAGACCCGGAGGACACCAUGCUGGUCGAUGAUGUGGGUACAGACCUGCAGCCCAAGCCAUUCCAGAACGGAGCUUCGUCAACACAGCCGAUGCAAUUGAAGUCUUCCUGGUUCAAAGAGCAUGCUCGUACUACAGAGUGAAAAGCCUCUGCUGAGCCCACAGAUGAGCUGCUGCUUAUGUUCAAUUCUAAAGUAUGGACCAAGAAGAGCAAGAUGAGCGAGAUAAUACGCAUGAAAGGUUUCCGCUGUUGGCUGAGUUGCUAGGCUCUUGUUCUCAUUUAGCCACACACUGUAAGCCGAUUGCAUCGACGUGUUUUGUUGUGAAUGCGGGUAAAUCAUUUUCAUUAGACUCGAACCAGUCGCUAUUCACGCCAGUCAAAUAGAGAUAUCGGCUUAGUGACAAUUUGAUUCCGAUGAUUCCGAUUUCGAACCCGAGAUCCCGGUAGCCAAUCAGAGAGUAAAAUUACAAAUGCAGAGUGUAAACUACGAGCAUGGAGCAUUGGAGAGCUGUAUUAGCACUACAAAUUCGUCUUUUCCGAUUU